CCCUAACAGUCACCGAGUGGACUUGCAACGGAAAGCACACACAACGUUCGUCGCUUCCGAAAAGGCGGAGAUUUGGUUCGCGCAUCAUCGGCCAAUUGCAGUUUCGGGGUGCGUUACUUCUUCGGAGUUUUGGUGUAAUCAUCGAGAUCGCGCUUCUCACGUUGUGAUUGAAUGGUGAAUCGGUGAACCAGUGAAAAGCAUUUUUUUGGCGGGAAAUUUGCAAGUGACGGAAUAACCACUUGAAAGCUUGAAAGAGAUAACGUGCAGAACUAGAAUAUUCGACCAGUAGUGUGUGGGCUGCCUGUGCAUCGGCUUCAAACGUGUAUUACGUGACUUUCCGGUUUUUCGGAAUCGUUGCCGAAGGAAAGGUGAAAGAAGGAAUCCGUGAAGAUAAAGAAAAAGUCGGUCAAUGAAUCAGAAGUGCGCGCGGUUGGUGGCUUUGUUUACGGUGAUAUUUAUUUAAAUGUACCGCAAAAUUGCUGAGAACUAGUGCUAAAGAUUGUAUGUUAUGUGCGUUCGUGCGGUGGGAAAUCUAUUUUUCGAAGAAAAUAACUUGAACAAACGAUAAUCAAAAAGAUGGCACGUACCUUUAUGGAUCUGCUGUGGGACUACGGCGUGUUCGUAGUGUUCAUCAUCUUCUCGACGCUGGUGCCCCUCUGGGGAAGAUUCUUCGGCAAGAAGGAAAAAACCAAGGCGGACUAUGUGUUCGGCCUGGGCACGAUCUCGAUGGGUGCCAUGAUGCUGUCGAUCGCACGUGGAACGCUCGGCGUCCGAUCGUUCCUGGGCUACCCGAGUGAACUGUUCUACCGGGGGUCGGCCAUGUGGGAAACCCUGUACGGGAUGGUGACCGCCUAUCCGAUCGUGUGCUUUGUGUUCAUCCCGGUGUACUUUAACUUGGGUGUUACGUCCGUUUAUCAGUAUCUGGAUUUGAGAUUCAACAGCCGCCUGGUCCGCUGUCUAGCGUCGGGAACCUACGUGAUCCGAUCCCUACUGAAUCUCGGCGUAACGGUGUACACUCCAACGGUGGCACUGAAUACGGUCAUCGGAAUUCCCUACUGGGCUUCGCUGCUUGGGAUCUCCGCUAUCAGUAUCAUCUUCAACCUGCUGGGAGGGCUGAAGGCCGCCAUUAUGGCAGACGUUAUCCAGGGAGUUACCAUGAUCCUGAUCUCGAUCGCCAUAAUCAUCCAGUCGAUGAUCAACGUUGGAGGUUUCGAUAAGAUCUUCACGGUCCCGGCUGAAAAUGGUCGCUUGAACUUCUUCAACUUCACCGGAGACUUCACGAUCCGAGUGGACACCACUUCGGCUUGGCUGGGGCAGCUCUUCAUGUCGUUGAGCAUCUUCGGCUGUCAGCAGAACUUUGUCCAGCGCUAUCUAAGCAUGAGCACUUUCAAAGAGGUCCGUCGAACCCUGAUGAGUAACAUUCCGGUGGUAAUCACGCUGUUCUCGUUGGCCUGGAUCGUCGGCAUGGGAGUGUACGCGGUGUACGCUCAGUGUGACCCGAUGGCCGGAGGCUACAUCAACAAGAUGGACGAAAUUCUGCCGUUCUUCGUGGAGGACAAGUUCAGCUAUCUACCCGGAGUGCUGGGACUGUUUAUGGCAUCGCUGUUCAACGGCGCUUUGAGCUUGAACGUAUCCAACUUGAACUCGCUGGCGACUGUUACUUGGGAGGAUUUCCUGUCGCCGCUGCCACGCUUCAAGGGAAUCAGCGACAAACAGCAGUUGACGAUCAUCAAAUUUAUCGGAUCCGUGUAUGGAGUUAUGGUCAUGGGCGUCGGGUUUGCCGUAGGUCUUCUGUCCGGAGUGAUCGAGAGCAGUAUGUUGAUGACCUCGGCCACAUCUGGACCACUGUUGGGAGUAUUCCUGCUGGCCAUGCUUGUCCCGGUUGCCAACUGGAAAGGAGCUGCCUCUGGAAUGAUAGUGUCCCAUAUCGUUACACUUUGGAUUACGUUUGGAAGCCUUACCGUCGAUAAGGAGACCGUACUGCUGCCCACCUCCGUUGAGGGCUGCACAAACGAAACCUUCUCUGCCGGCAUAGUCAAACCAUCCAAAUCGUGGCUUCUCGCCAACACGCCCCUUGAGGUUGAAUCGGACUUCUCCUACUUGGACGGACCACUGGAAGAGCACAUCGCGCGCACUCCUCAAUUCCCGGAAACCCUGUACUCCAUCUCGUACAUGUACUACAGCUUGAUCGGCACCUUCCUGACCGUCAUUAUCGGUACCCUGGUCAGUUACCUAACUCGACACCGGGACGACGCCUACGACCACAAGCUCCUCCAUCCGGCAGUGUACCGACUGAGUCGAAUGCUACCCGGCAAGGCCCGCCGUUACGUCAACAACCCAGACAUCCGCCCCAAAAACUGUCCCAGUGCUUCCAAGAAGAUCCCCCUGGACAAUCCGGCCUUCGAGCCCAGCCUGGAGUCGAUCCACGAGAAAAAGUCUCCUCUCGAGCCGGCGGUCUUCAUCGUCAACAUGUCGGUGCCCGUCGAAGUUCCGUCCAGUGUUCCCAGUGCUGAACCAACCGCUGCAGACUCUAACCAAUUGGUGCCGGAGGAGGUUGGCGAUCUGAAAGAAGUCCGAACGUGAGUCUCCGCCUUCGCCUCUACGGCUACUUCCGAGUAACAUUCGAGGUUUUAUCGUGGUUUUGAAGCAGUUGGUUUGAUCGCAAGAGCAAUGAUAAAACCUAAACCGCUACUAGGGGUAGCCCAUUAGCCAUGUAAGUGUGUGCCGCAGAUCAUUAUUUAAUGAGCCUAUGUUUAUUAAGCCGUAACAAUAUGUAGAACACAAAAGACUGUGAUAAGACGUAAAUCGAGUUUAAUGAUAUUGAAAUAAUCGCAAAACCCAGGUUGGGGCUCCGAAUUUCCAUCGAUGAUGGUGAGUGACGACUCCUAUCAUGCAAUCAAACAAGAAAACUUAUGUAAGAAUGCAUAUCCCCUUUUUAGAAUAAAACAUGUUUUCCAACUCUUGACGUACCCGUGUCUAGGGUUUCAUA